GAUGAUUCUAUAUUCUUUUAUAAGAAAUGUUCAGAAAUUAACCAUGGACCAUAUAAAUAUUUGGAGUUUGGACAUUGAAAUUUCAGAUUCUUGUCUGUGGUUAAACCUUGGAACUGGAGAGAGCUUUGGGGUAAAGAGACACUUGCAUUGGUGCCUUCUUUAGAAUAAUCAUCAUGAGAUUGCUUCUUGGUCUAUUGUUUCUCUUGGCCUUAACCAGCUAUUCAAGUGCAACUUACUGUUUAUGCAGAGAUGGAGUCGGAGAGAAAGCGCUUCAAACAUCAAUAGACUAUGCAUGUGGAGCUUUAGCAGAUUGUAAUCCAAUCCAUGAGAAAGGUCCUUGUUACCAACCCAACGAUGUCAAGAGUCAUUGUGAUUGGGCAGUGAAUAGCUAUUUCCAAAGAGCUGGACAACUCGCUGGAAGCUGUAAUUUCUCAGGAACUGCUACUACCAGCCCAAAUCCUCCUUCAACUGUGGUUACUGGCUGCAUCUAUCCUUCAAGUCCUGGAAAUGCAGGGACAACUCCGACGACCGGAGCUCUGGGAACACCAACGUUCCCGGGACCUCCUGCGUUUGGUCCGACCGGAGUUUUUGAUCCUUCAGGGAAUGAUGCUUUGAGUUUGUUCACUUCAUUAGCACUCACACUUGGUUUCUCCGUCUUUGCGUUUCUAUGAAAAGGCAAUGUGAUUAGAAAGCGGGCUUGAUGUUUCUGAUGUACGGAUGAGAUUUUGCCACAUGUGAAUGCAAGUUCUUUGAGGCAGACUCCACUUUAGUAGGGUUGGUUUCUUGAUGUUAGUCUUUUUUUAUAUAUAAGAAAUCUAUUAAUUUCUGGUAUUUUUCUCUGUCACGCAUGCAAUGUAAAGUAAGAGUUGAUUUAAUGGAAUCUUUCUAUUUAGGUGU